CUACAGGCGCUGUCGAUACAAAGGCCUGACGCAGAAGAAAUUCUGCGUCACGUGUAACAUCAAGAUCAAGAACAAGACUGAACCGAACUGAUCGCCAAAGAAUGCCUUGUAAUAGGAUUUACAGGUAUCAACAAUGCCAAAUACUCGUGUUGAGCAAGUCCAUAACGUUGUGGGCCAGGCCAAUCUGCAGUACAACUGUCGUUAUGCACUUCACUACCAAGACAAUGGGCAUCCGAGGUCUCUCUACUUACAUCCAUGAACAUUUGCAUGAGGUUCUGGUGCGUCACAAGCUGCACCAGCGCAAGGUUGUCAUAGAUGGCAACAAUCUGGCUCAUAUCCUAUAUUUUGAGUGCACUGGUAUUAAUGCAGCUUUUGGUGGAGACUAUGACAAGUAUGCAAGUUUUAUUGAAGAAUUUUUCAAAGGGCUGCAAGUAUGUGAGAUUUAUCCAAUUGUCAUAAUGGAUGGAGGACAGCCGCUGGACAACAAGAAGAUGAACACUGUACGAGAGAGAGUCACAAAUCAGAUCCAGACAUGUCUCAACAUCUCACCAAGUAGCCAAUACCGCUUGAAAGUCUUCCCUUGCAUGGGACGGGAUGUAUUUGUUUCAACAUUGAAGAAAAUGGGCAUUGUUGUGUUGCAAACAGACUUUGAGGCAGACUUAGAAAUUGCCAUGUUAGCCAAAGAACUAGGGUUGACUGUCCUCAGUAAUGAUUCAGACUUCUACAUGUUCAGUGUGCCGUUUGUUCCCCUGAGCUCCAUCACCUAUAAUAAAGUCAGCACUGGAAAAAAGAAGAGCUCCAAUAAGAUGUUUAGCUAUAUAAAUUGCAACCUCUUCAAUCAAGAGAAGUUCUGCCAGGUGACUGGUAUUGAUCCUGCACAUUUACCUAUCCUUGCCACACUCCUUGGAAAUGACUAUUUGGCAUUUGAUCACUUCAAAGACUUUUAUAACAUUUUGGAAGAUAAAAACAAGAGGUCAAGAAUGACAUCUCGCCAUAACACCAUAAAGAAUGUCCUCACUUGGUUAUCACAUCAAAAAGCCAAGACGACUGAAGAAAUCCUCUCUAUCAUUGUCAGCUACUGCAGUACCAAGAACUUGAGAAGCAAGAUGAGAGCAACAAUGAAGAACUACAUUGAUACUGAUAGCAAUCUAAUUAACUUGGUAUCAGAAAACACCCUAAACCAUGCACUUGACAAUACUGGAAAACCUUAUGAUUUUUCUAUAGAAAACUUUGAGAUAAAACAUUGUAUCUUUCAGAAUCCCAGUUUGAGUGCAAUGAAUAAUGUGACGACAUCCUUGUUUUGCAAAAAUGGGAAGAAACUUCCUAGUUGGUUUGUAUUAGCUUACCGAGCUCACAGAAUACCUCAUGAAAUUGCUGACAUUGUGACACAGGAAUAUUUUAUCUCUCCUCCACAGGUGGAGGAGAAAUCCUUUGACUCGGCAUACUUGUUUAUUGAACCUAUUGUGAAGGCUGUUUAUACCAUGCUGUGGAAAAGUUCCCAGACAAGCAACUGGGACCAAAAUCAUAGCAGUUGUAACAGUGUAGCUUUAAAUGAGUCAUCUAUGUCUCAGAGCUGUGGAUUGGAGGAUGCUUGGACUGCAUCUAAAAAUUAUGACUCUGAUGAUGUUGUUGUUGAAGAAGACAGUGAAGAAAGCCUUUAUGAUAAAGAUGAGGGUAGUAAUGAAGAAAGUCAACUUUUGAACAAGAAAGAAAUUAAUGAAAUAGUUGUUAAUAAUGAAGAGAUGCAAGAAAAAUGUAAUAACUCUGAGAUGAUUGGUGAAAAUGUAAGAGUAAUUAAUGAAGUAGUUGAUGACUGUGCCUUAGAGGUUAAAAAUGAUAAACCUAAGAAGGGAUGUCUUAAGUGGUAUUUGAGGAAAGGAAGUAGAAUGUGGAUUAAGAGAAUAUCACAGUUGUCUUAUGAAAAUGCUAAGGCAUUGCCUUCGCUGAAUGAAGUUGAGUUAUUGUCAGUUUUUGAGAAAAGGAAGGUGUUUUAUUCUAUACUCAAAAGUAAUCUUCAGUCAUCCAGUUUAGAACUACCUGAUGAUUUGGAAUUAAUUUUUGGUUUCAUCAUAUUUUGGUAUGAAGAAAGUAUGUCAUCAUUAAUAGACAUACAUGUUUUAUCAGUCUUAGUCUGUGUGUUCAUGUUCUACAUUAUUGAUAACAAAGUUGGAAGAAAAAGAACAAGAAAAUCUUUUGAGGAUAAGGAAAAAUGGGAAGCACAGUUUGCUAUUCUUAAAGAUGAUGCAUCUUAUUGUCAACCUGGAGAUAAUAUAAAAGAUACUCUGGCUCAGGUGUCUGAAGAAGAAUGUUUACUGGCUGGAUACAGGCUCUUCAAGUUUCAUCACAUGGAUCAAAAGAUCAAUGACAAAUACUACAACAAGAAGACAGUUCAUGCAUUUAGUGAAUACCAAGCUUGCAUAUAUUUUGUGCAGCUGCUCAACACUUUAUUGGGUUCUCCAUUUCCUCUCCUUAGUAUUGAAUACCUAUGGGGUGGCACAUUUUGUUAUAAUGUAUUCUAUGACUUGAAAAAAAGAAAAUGUCCUCUGAACAGAGUUUCAGAAUUAUUUGGUAAAGGAAGUUGCCUUGAAAAAUUGUUUUUGAUAUUUUUUAGACAAUUGAAUAAAAUUCUAAAUUUUAAGAAGUACCUAGGAAUUAUAGAUCUUGAAAGUGUGAAAGCUUUUGAAAAAGAAAAGCCUGAUAGAAGUAUAGCAGUGUUGGUGAAUAAUAAUACUGAGAAUAUUCAAAAGAAAAAGAAGAAAAGAAGAAAGUCAAAUAAAAAAAGUGCUUGUAAUGACAAAGGAAUAGAGUCAGAGAAGAAGGAAGUAACCCAAAAAGAAGAGGAGCUGUUGUACCCUCUGGCUGGCCCAGAAGAAAGAGAAGAAGAGGUGGAUCUGCUGGAUAAUCGGUUUGCUAGCCUUAUUUUAUAAUUGAAGGCAGGGAGUCUCUCCUCUAGAUUAAGAGUACAAAGUUGUUUAGUUGAUUGUUAUGAAUUAGUGCAAAAUUGAAUACUUGACUCUUGCAGUGUAUAUAUUACCAUGAUUGUAUUGAUGUUAAUCUUCAUCAUCAUCAUAUGUACAUAAUUUGUUGUUGAGAAAACAAUGAAAAAUGGAUGAGAAGACCUGAUGUCCCUCCUUACUCAAAAUUCAUUAGAUUUCAUAAGAACAGUAAACCUUGCAUAUGAUGAAGCAAUUACUGGGAAGGCCGGUCUAUGUCAUCUGAAAAUUUUAGUUGUCCAA